AUGCAUACAGGAUCCACCGAGAGAGUACUAAACCUAUCCGCAUCCGACAGGGUUGUCAUAGACUAUCCUGAAACGCCUGGAUCUUACGGUGACAACCUGAAGAUCACUUGGUUGAUACACGUCCCUGAUAACAAGAGUGCACUCCUCGAAUUCACACGUUUCGGCCUCGAGCGCGGCUUCGAUUUCCUUCACGUUGGCUUCGGCAGCGAGCCCGGAUUGGAGGAGACGAGAUUGAUCACGUUGAGUGGUGACGAACGACCGACGGCUGGAAUAUGGGAGAAAGAUAGACCAAUAGGCACCGAUGGGAUCAGAACGAGACAUCAAACAUCGUGGCUGCUCUUCACUACAGAUUCAUUCACACCGACAGACGUAGAGGGCAAUCAUGGGUUCUCUGUCACCGUUAGCGCAAUCGACGAAGGUGUGGACUAUGAACCAGAGAGAGAUUUCUGCGAUCAUACAAAUGUGAAGCAACAUGGAAAAGUACAUCUUCCAAGCUAUAAGCAAGGAGCAGCGGUUGUGUAUCUUAAAUCGAAUACACUGGUAUCUUACGUAUUCCAAGCAGAAGAAGGCGCGUGUCUGGGGAUGUACCUGAAAGAAUUCACAACCACUGACAGGAGUGCCAUACUAUACAUUGGAGAUGGCAAGGAGGUUGGGAAUAGAGACACUGUACUACAUCGUCUGGUUGAUACAACUACCCAGUUUGAUGCAUUCCCUGUUGAAAGCACAGGGAGAUGGAUGUGGCUUAUGUUUGCCAAUAGCUACAAAAUCAACGAAGAGCAGAGUGGCUUCAAAUUACGAAUCACAGAAAUAAAGCCUAACAUCACCCUGACUCCAGGAGUCCCUUAUAACUUCUCCUACGAUGGGUCUGCAGAACGUCCAGUGCCGACGUCAAAUGUAUACUCCGCAUCUUGGACUGUUGGCGCGCCUCCUGGAACAAACAUCCGAAUAAAAUUUCUGAAACUGGAAAUGGAUGUUAAUCUAGAUUUCUUCAUGAUCGCUGAUGGUUGGACUUACCUACGAUACGAGCAGUACAGGUAUGCCGUUUCUUCAGGAACGUGUCAAAGUGAUACUUCCGGGCCACGCCCUCUAGAUGAUGUCAUCAUCAAUCUAUCACGAGUUUUCAUUGGUUUCUAUGGAUUCGACGAAGGCGAGGACAGCAUCAUUGAGGUGGAGCUUAGUGUGGUGGAGAAAGAUGAUCAAGACUACCCUACUGGUGACCAUUUACCAGGAGAUGUCAUACCUGUUUCACCACGUAAUGAAACGAUAUUGAAAUCACCAAAUCACCCAGGAGAAUAUCCUCAUUCUAGUAUCAUGACAUGGAUCUUUCGCGUUCCUCCACUUUACCACUUCAAUGUUCACUUCGAAGACUUUCAUAUUGCUGAGGGUCUGGAUAAGUUAAGCAUCGGAAAUGGAACCGCUCCCUUUUCGAGUGUAUACGAAGUGUUUUCCGGCGGCGAAUCGAAAAUUGACGAACAAGACACGGUGCUCACAGAUCUUCAAAUCACCAAACAGUACAUGUGGAUUAAAGUUGAAAGUUACCAACUUGCAAAAGAUGGGAGCUUUAUAAUUAAUAUCACCGCUGAGAUUGAUAAAAUUGUCCUGGCCAAUGAUGGGUCUAAGCUGCUUAUGUCGCCGUAUUACCCUCUCCAUUAUGAGAACGAGGCAUACGUUGAAUGGGAAGUAGGGGUGUCAUCGGGAUAUGGUGUAAUGGUGCAUUUCAUUGAGUUUCAUCUCAUAGACGAUGGAGACACUCUUACCGUAGAGGACGCUCUCCCGGGUGCUGAGGACAGUAUCCCAGCAAUUUUCACAGGAGUUGACAUGCCGUCUGACUUCGUCCUUUGGUCUACUGAAGCUCGAAUACGCUUCGAAACAAAUUCGGAAGGCGUCGGUGCGGGUUUCAAAAUCAAAGUUCAGCCUAUGUUUGGAGAAGGUCAUUGUCUUAGCCCAUUAGGGUUAGAAGGGGGUUGGAUUCCCGAUGAUAGUCUGUACUCUUCUACCCUAAUUGACCAACAACACGCCGCAACUCACGCCAGGCUUAAUGGCCCCUCAGCAUGGGUUCCAGAACCGAACGAUCCAGCACCAGUGCUCACGGUUCGACUCAAGACAAAGUCUUAUGUAACGGGUGUGGUCGUCCAAAGUGGUCCUGACAGCAUCGGCAACUGGGUAGACUCUUUCACAUUUGAAUUUCCUCCCAGUGAUGAAAAUGAGGACCAGAAUCGAGAGCAACGGGACUGA